AUGGCUGAAGAAAAUGAGACAGGGGUGCCAGAUCUGCCGGUAAAAACUGGUACUACAUCAUCGACACAUGAAAAUGAGUUUUAUAGAAUAUCAAAGAAGUUAAGAAUACAAAUUAAUCAUUUGCAAGGACAAAUAAUAAAGGAAACAAACAUCUCCAUAUUAGAAAAGGAAGCAAAUAUUGUAGAACAAUGCAUGAAGGAACUAACUGCUGCCCAAGAAGAAUUAGAGCGCAUCCAAGGUUCAGCCAUCGAAAAGAUGACAUUUUAUAGUAAGUUUGAGGAUAUGAGUCGAGAAACAAAUCAAAUACUUGCCCAAGCGGUGCAAGCAAUUCAACAGCUAAAAUUGAAUGAAAACGAAGAAGGACAUUCAGUAAUCACAUCCACUCAUCGAAGUAGAUCAAGUCAUCGAAGUAGACUAUCUCGUUCAUCACUAGCUAGUACUAGCUCAUCCGCACGACUUCGUAGACUCGACCUCGAAGAGGAAAUUGCAACAUUGAGAGCCAAAAUAAAUCUUGUAGAGGAAAGGGAACAACUAGACAAGGCUAACCGAGUCGCACUCGAAGAAAUCGAAAGGCGAAAGCUGGAAAUCCAGAGCGAAGAGCAGCGUUUGAUUGAGCAAAUCGAAACCACGAAGGAAACAUUCAAACUUAAGGAACAGUUAGCAGAAAGGGAAGCAAGAGUCGAGGCAUGCACACGGUUCGAAAACGAGGGUACGUCCGUGAUAUUUGACGACGACGACAAUCAAAGUAAUGCCACACGAGAGCACAUUCAGAAAUUCCUUCGAUCUCAGGCAGAACCUUCUGCUGAAGGUGAGAAUAAUGAACUUGCUACGCAUGAUACAGCUGACUCCCUCCCUCCCUCCCGAAUGUGGGUUAUUAGUUCCUCCUCAAUCCAAAUUGAACCCAGACGUCCCAUCAUACGUCUCUUGCAAAGAAGCUACCACCUCAGCACCGAACCAACAAAUCAACGUAACACCUACAAAUGUCCACAUCAAUCCACCUUACACCCUAACUGGUGCCACAAACCCCGACUUGGUUCAAGCUCAGUUAACCGCAAUCACAAAAUUAUUGGAAGUCCAAAACCAGAACCGAUUACCCCUGCCGGAGCCGGGCGUCUUCAGUGGUAAUCCUUUGCAAUACCCAAUGUGGGUGAAGGCAUUUGAGACCCUUAUUGAAGGCAGAGCAAUCAACCCGGCCGAAAGAUUACAUUUUCUUGGAAAAUAUGUCAGUGGUGAAGCUAAAGAAGUGGUGAAUGGUUUCAUGCUCCUGGACGGCGACGACGCAUAUACGAAAGCAAAGGAGAUGCUGGCUAAACGAUUUGGCGAUCCAUUCACAGUAGCAGCAUCAUUUCGAAAAAGACUCGAAGAAUGGAAACAAAUUGCGCCUGGCGAUGCGAUUGGUUUGCGAAAGUACUCCGACUUCCUUGUCCAAUGCGAAACGGCAAUGGAGAAAGUGAGUAGCCUCAACGUGCUCAACGAUGUACAAGAAAACCAGAAGAUGAUAUCCAAACUACCCAAGUGGUUGUCAAAUCGCUGGGCAAGAGUGGUCUACAAGUCAAGAGAGGAGAAGAAUAAAUUCCCCCCGUUUUCGGAAUUCGUUCGAUUCCUGGUAACCGAGUCAAAUAUCGCAUGCGAUCCAGUUAAUCUGAGAAGCAGUAAGUUAAACGACGAGAACAAACGACCGAAGGAUCCACGGAGACCAGAGCGUCCCUACUCGAGAUACAGGGCUGGAACAGAAAUCGAUAAAAGAAACUUUGCGACAAGAUCUAUGGAAGGAGAUCCAGAAGACGAAGGCCAAUCCAAAAGGGUAAAGCCAGUGAGUAACUCAUGCUCACUCUGCAAAGAAAUUCAUGAUUUAAAUUCAUGCGAACAGUUUCGUAAAAUGGAGAUCAAAGAUCGAAAGAAAUUUGCAAGAGACAAAGGACUUUGUUAUGGCUGUUUAAUACCAGGACACACGUCCAAGCAAUGUAAGAAAAGAAAGAAGUGUGAGACCUGUGGAAGGUUACACCCCACCUCGCUGCAUGGAGAUUUCAGGGAAAAUCCAGGCAACGAUAAGGACCGUCCUGACGAUAAUGCCAACUCACCGACCGUCAACUGUACCAAGGCAUGUUUCAUGAACGAUGGAACUCAGGUGCGAAUGAGCUCCAUGAUAAUCCCGGUUUGGAUUAACCAUAGUGAUAAUCCUGAAACCAAGAUACUCGUGUAUGCCCUCUUGGACGAUCAAUCGGACACUACCUUCGUCACUGAAGAAACCCUAAAUA